CAGAAGUUAGUUAGACCUACAGCGGUUAGAGCAGUUAUUACAACAGUUAGUAGAGCAGUUCGUCUUCAUGGAGCAAACGGCAGCAUUGUUUCACGCUGGCAGCCCUCUGGAGUCCAAAGUGUGUGCUGCUGCCAGAUACCUGGGACAUGAUAUACCUGAUGACCUGACUGACGAUAAGGACGUUUACAGACGCCGUUUAAUGUAAACACAAGCCAACAUGCUGUUCUGUUUUGCUGCUUAUGAUAAACCUCCAGAACCAUGGAUGCAACAACGUCAUCCAUCCAUGAAUCACAUGUCCACAACCAUGAAUCACAUGUCCACAAUACCACAUGUCAUUUAUCUGUAAAAUCAUACCACUCUUUCCUAGUAGUGGUCUACAGUCUGCUGUUUCUGGUGGGCUUUAGCCUCAACAGCUUCACCUUGUGGUUUCACUGCCGUGGAGCUCAUGGACAAGUGUCCAAGAGCUGGAUGAUCUACCUGAAACAUCUGACAGCGGCUGACUUCCUGCUCUGCGUCAGCCUCCCGCUGCGCAUUAUUUACUACGACAACAGCUCAUUCAUCAUCCACCUGCUCUACUGCAGCAUCGGAGCCCCGCUCCUGUUUGUGAAUUGGGCUGCUAGCAUCCUGUUCAUGGCAUAUAUAUCAGCUAACAGAUACAUGAAGAUAUUUUAUUCCACGGGAACUCACUUCCUGAUGUCUCCCAAAGCCAGCCACAUCAUCUCCAUGACCACCUGGGUUGUUCUACUGACCAUGAUAACACCUUACUCCAUCCUGAUGCUGAUAAACGAGAAACAUCACGAUGAUGAACACAGCAUGUGUGAUCAUCUGAUCAGUGAACCUGUGAAACCACUGCACAUACUGAGUCAUGGUUUUGCUUUCAUCAUCUUCCUGUCAGGACUCUUCUCUCUGGUUUUCUUCUACUACAGCACCUCCCGCAGGGUGCUGCAGGUCCAGCAGGCCCAACUGGCCUCCCCCAACUCCAAAAAGCUUAUGAAGUCUCGCAGGAACAUGUUGGUGUUGGUCAGUGUGUUCUGCUUUUGCUUUGUUCCUUAUCACAUUGUUCAACUUCCAUACGUCCUACUUGAGGAAAACUGUUUGGUAGAGUUGUACUACGUCAAGGAGUUUGCCGUGUUACUAUCAGUUUCUAACAUCUGCCUGGAUCCUCUUAUUUACGUCUUUCUUUGUAAGGAGUUCAGGGCUCAACUUAACCUGAAAAAAAUAUUCUGUCCAAAAUGCAAGAGAAACACCUCCAGUUUGGAGGCAAGUGACAGUGAGGAUCAGCCGAACACCAUCAACACCAUCAAUAACAUCAACACCAUGUCAGAGCUCCAGGAGCAAUAAAACUGGCACUGGUCAGAGUUCCUCACUGUUCAUUUACAAAUAGCAUGUGCAAUAUGUAUGUAUGUAUGUAUGUGUAGGUACUGAGGGUGUAAAUAAGUGAUAUAAAGCAUAACUGGAUAAUUUUUGAAUACAAGCUUAUUAGUUGAA